GCCAGCUAGUGCUGUUUCUCCGCCGCGGCGCCUUAGAGAGAUGUGUCCUAGUCUUUCCCUGUCGGGCUAUGCCGCCGUUGCCGACAACCAAGCCGCCUUGCGCCGCAGAAAACUCAGCCAAGCCGUCGCGAACCGCCUCAUCGGAUGGCGGAGUUCCCAAACCCAACAGCUGGUGGUCGAACAGGCCAAAAGUCUCUGUGGCAAAUACUUGAGAGCGAAAUUGAGAAGCUGUGCUCUACUGCAUAAGAAAUUAGGCCUGCAACGCUUGAAGAGCGUCAGCGUACUGUCUUCUUCUGUUCCAUGGGCAUCUGCAGAAGUAGCCAUGGAGUUACGAGAACUGGGUAUGGAGAUGGAACGUACCCAUCCAGAAUUAUUUCAAAGUGUCAUCGAAAACGUUGGACUUUAUUCACUUCCCUCCGAAAGUGGAGUUCAAAACCUAUUGCAUGCUCUUGCUGCUGAGCUAUUUCGAGAGGGAAGAGUUUCCUGGGGAAGAAUUGUGGCUCUCUAUGCAAUGGCUGGAGCUUUGGCAGUAGAUUGCGUCAAGUUGGGCCAUCCUGAAUUCGUAUUGGGCCUUGUACAAGUAGUGGGGACCUGUGUGGAGAGAGACUUGGGAAACUGGAUUAUUCAACAAGGUGGUUGGGUAAGUUUGUUAAAAUGUUUACUAAGAUCAUGCUUGAGUGCAAAGAUUGUGAAUGUUUUCAGUGCAAAAUCUCACUGA